AUGGGCGGUGCUCAUGCCCCCUCGCAACUCCAGCGCUUCAUCCAGGCUGCUUGCAGCCCCGAGAACUACGAGCCCAACCUUGCGCUGAAUCUCGAGAUCGCCGACCUGAUCAAUUCUAAGAAGGGCUCCGCCCCGCGCGAGGCCGGCGUGGCCAUUGUCAACUACGUGAACCACCGCAACCCAAACGUCGCAUUGCUGGCCCUCAACCUGCUGGACAUCUGCGUCAAGAACUGCGGAUACCCUUUUCAUCUGCAAAUAGCCACCAAGGAGUUCCUCAAUGAGCUCGUCCGUCGGUUUCCAGAGCGGCCCCCCAUCCGCCCAACCAGGGUGCAGAUGAAGAUCCUCGAGGCGAUAGAGGAGUGGCGGAGUACAAUCUGCGAGACAAGCCGGUACAAGGAAGAUCUAGGCUUCAUACGGGAUAUGCACCGUUUGCUGAGCUACAAGGGCUACACAUUCCCCGAAGUCAGAAGAGACGAUGCCGCCGUCCUCAACCCCAGUGAUAAUCUAAAAUCAGCUGAAGAAAUGGAGGAGGAAGAGCGGGAAGCGCAGUCGGCGAAGCUGCAGGAGCUUAUUCGAAGAGGGGCACCCGAGGAUCUGCAGGAAGCAAAUCGAUUGAUGAAGAUCAUGGCGGGCUAUGACACGAGAACAAAAGUCGACUACCGUGCCAAGGCUGCGGAGGAAGUCUCCAAGAUCCAAGCAAAAGCCAGACUUCUGGAGGAAAGACUGGAAUCGUUCAAACCAGGGGACACGAUGAAAGACGGUGAUGUCUUUCAAGAGCUUGCUUCGGCACUGCAGAGUGCGCAGCCCAAGAUCCAAAAGAUGUGCGAGGAAGAGUCAGACGACCACGAAGCUGUUGCAAAAUUGUUGGAGAUCAAUGACAGUAUACAUCGGACCGUGGAGAGGUACAAGCUGAUGAAGAAGGGCGAUCUAGAAGCAGCUGCUAAGGUUGCUCGAGGUGAACAUGUCCCGCAGAGCAGUGCUGGGGAUGCUGGGACGAGCUCAGCAAACGAGCUAUCUCUUAUUGACUUUGAUGCUGAUGCCGAAGCGAAUGGCACAAGCAGUGCCUCUCAAUCAAAUCCGCAAGCUGGCGGUCUCGAGAACGACCUUCUUGGGCUUUCCAUUGGCGACAGUAGCAAUUUCGGCCAGACAGGAGGCAUUGCUCUGGGAUUCGGGGCCAAUACCAGUGAGUAG